AGUUUCAGCCGUGAGCCCCCAAAGAGUGUUUGUGUCUUCUCGCGGGAAAAGGGCUAGGGACGCGCUCUACCCGCAGAUCUGGACUCCACCGGCUUCCGACGACCAGCAGGGACUGAGAGUCAGUGAGCCGCCCCAGGAGGACUGGUCCGGGUCUCAUCGGUGCACCAUGGCCGCAUCCGCACGCCGUCUGUGCCACAUCGCCUUCCAAGUGCCCGUGGGGCAGCCCCUCGCCCGGAACCUGCAGCGCCUCUUCGGUGCGGGAUGCACAGGGCGCCGCUACCUACGCCGUAGUCAGCUCGCCCGCGGGCAACCUGAGCCUGACCCUGCUAGAGCGCGCGGACUACCGCGGGCCCUUCCUGCCCGGCUUCGAACCGGUGUCCUCCGUGCCGGGCCCCGGCUGGGUCAGCCAUGUGGACCACUUGACCUUGGCCUGCAACCCAGGCAGCUCCUCCACUCUCAUGCGCUGGUUCCAAGACUGCCUGGGCUUUCGUCAUUUGCCGCUGAGCCCAGGUGAGGAUCCGGAGCUGGGCCUCGAGGUGGCGGUAGGGCCGGGGCGCGGGGGACUGAGACUUACAGCCCUGCGUUCCUGCCCGGAGGGCGUUGUCCCCACCCUCGUGCUGGCCGAAUCCCUUCCUGGGGCCACCAGCGGGCCGGAUCAGGUGGAGCAGUUCCUGGUCCGACACAGGGGGCCGGGCCUGCAGCACGUGGGGCUGUACACACCGAACAUCGUGGAGGCCGCCGAGGGCGUGGCAGUCGCCGGGGGCCAGCUUCUGACUCCUCCCGAGGCAUACUACCAGCAGCCAGGCAGAGACCGGCAAAUCCUGGCUGCAGGGCAGGAGCCCAGUCUCCUGGCCCGACGGGGAAUCCUGCUAGAUGGCGACAAAGACAAAUUUCUGCUUCAGAUUUUCACCAAGUCCCUCUUUGCUGAAGACACCUUCUUCCUGGAGCUGAUCCAGAGGCAGGGGGCCACAGGCUUUGGCCAGGGCAACAUCAGGGCCCUGUGGCAGUCUGUGCAGGAGCAAGGUGCUGGUGGCCCGGAAGCCUGAGGAGGGCCAGAGCUAGUGUAGCCCAGGGGCCAGGUGUGGCCCAUCUCCUCAGUACCUGCCAGAAGUUGAGUCUCAUUGGGUUCUGCUGUAGUUUGGGUGUCCCCCAAAUUCACAUCGGGACUUAAUUGUACUGUAAAGGUAUCAAGUGAAAGCUUCAUCCCUUCAUUGUGUCCCUCAGUGACCAAGGCCUUCGGGUGUGAUGAGGACAUUAGUGCAGGACCCCUAUGACUGCUGGGUUUAUAAGCUGGGAAAGGAGCCCAGAACAGGCCGAAAACCUGGGGACAGCCACUCUGCUCCAGAUGCUGCUCUCUGCCAUGUUGUAGCUUGGCCAGAUGCUGGCCCCUUUGACCUCCAAACUGAACUGAAUAAACCUCUUCU